AUUAGAUUCAUCGCGAAAAGUUAUAUCCAUCUGUGAAGAAGUUUUGCAAAUAGAAUUUAUCUAGUACUUCAUGUAUCAAGAUUCUCUUCUCGGCUUUCUGGUUCGGAAUCAAGGAACCAAACGGGACCUAGAGCCAAGUCAUCACUCGAGUCAUCGAGGCAUCGAGCUCUGCUCACCGCACACCGAUCGAAUCGCAGAUGACGCAGCGCGGUGGUGGCGGCGGCACGGCUAGCAUGCUCUCGCCGGUUGUCUCCCGGCACCUGCGCACCUACCGUGAUUCGAUCCGGACAGCCUCCGUCCCCGGCGGCCGGUGCAGGCCGGCGCUGCGGUUCUUCCCCGCGAGCAGCGACGCUGCGGCGGGAGAAGGGGCCUACUGCUGGUCGUCGAGCGCUAGCUCGGCCUCCAGUCCGGCCUUGGAUGAGUCGGCUCGCUGCUCGCCCGUGUCCUUGUCCUUCUCCUCUGACGGCGACCUGUGCUUCUCCGGCUGCCCCGAUGGCCUCGAUGGAGCCGAGGAGCUCCGCGCCAUCGCGCUGCGGAUGGUCCACGACGGUUACAUGAAGGGCCUCGUCCGAGCGUUCGGCGCCACCGGCGGCUCGUCGUCGGCGCACUGCGGAGGCCAUGGCCCCGGCCCCGUCGAGCUCCUUCUGGGGAGCUGGUUCUCGGAGCUGGACGUGGAGUGGGUUCUCCACGCCAGGGAAGGAGACAAGCUGCGGCCGCACAUGGAGGAUGGCUGCGCCUCCCUCCUCGAUCUGAUGGAGAGCUGGAUCAAAGCUCUCAAGACCAUGGUGCAGGUGCUCUGCAUCACGCAGCUGGAGCUACGCACCAAGUGGCCGGCCGCCGCCGGCGGCGUCAGGAAGGCCGUCAGGUACUUCCUCCUGCUGGCCACAGGGAAAGCGGCGGAGCGCGAGCAGGAGGCGGCCCAGCUCGUGCGGUUCGCGGAGGCGAGCGUCCUCAGGAUGCUUGACUUCGUGGACGCCGUCGCCGACGCUGCUCUAAACGACGACCAGGCGGCGGCGGAGAUGCUCCCGGGGAUGCUGCAGGUGUACACCUGCGUCGUGGAUGACUCGCCGGCCGUCCUGGCCCUGUUCAAAGAGGCGCUCGGCACCACAUCCAUGUUCGACGACAUGAACGGCGUCUUCCUGCGGAAGAGGAGCAAGCUGAGCGACGCCGUGUGGAGCAUGGUGGAGAAGGUCAGACCUUCCUUCAUGGCGGACGACUGCUGGAGAGUCUCGCCGGCUGAGGCGGGUGGCGUCCACGAGGGCACCAGGCUGGAGAAAAUUGUAAAAAUGGAACUUGAAACAAUGCGCUUCGCAAAUUUGUCAUUCCAAACAUCAUCAUCUUUUUUUGCUGCAACACACUCCCAUUUUUACAAUUUUCUCACCAGGCUGAUGAUGAACUACGUGAUGCUGCUAUGGCGAAACGAAGGAGCGCUCAAUUUGGUCCUCCAGGACCAGCAGCAGCGCUUCAGAAUGUUCUUGUCAGAACAUGAUGAUUACUGCUCAAGUUCAAGCUCGGUUGCCGACCUCAUCAAGAACAUGAUCUCAUCCUCGGAGAAGCAGCUCGAGAAGGCGUCCAAUUUCAUCUCCGACCCCGGAUUGCGGUACAUAUUCUUGAUGAACAAUUGCAGCUUCAUUUCAGAGAAGGUUUCAUCCUUGCUCCUGCCGUUGUUUGAAGAUUACAAGAUUAAGAGGUCUAGAGGUUCCAGGGAGGGGGAAAGACUCCCCCCAAUGGAGGAUUGUGUUAGUCAGCCUAAUCAAAGUAUUCAGGCAAAAAUAGAGAGGGAUUCGAACCUGGAUGGCCUUAUCAAGAUCCAUAGCUUCAUAGAAGCUUACCUCAAUGCCUCUUGGGAGCCGGUGAUGUCUUGCUUGUACCGUGACAUCCCUCUCGGCUUCCUGAAAUGUGGCGGGGCACUAGAUAAACUAGUCUAUCAACCUGAGCUCCCGCACGGGCUAAUUAUAAUUAAUAUAAAAAUAGAGCUCCAGAGGAGCCUCCAAUUAGUAAUAGUAAGAUUUGAAUUGGAAUUCAAGAGAACAUAUGCCAUGCAAAGGAUGUGGAAGGUUGCAAACCCUGAGCUUAGGAAGAGAUUGCGCGAAGCCGUCAUUGAGAAAGUCAUCUCAGGUUACAACAAGUACAUGGCGGAGAGGACGGCGAGAGAAAAGGGCAACAGACCCCACACGAGCACUCCCCUUGAAUUUGAGGAGCUGCUAGAAGAGUUGUUUGAAGGAUGAUUGUGUUGGUCGGUGCCACUGAUAUACGGGACCCACCGCGCUGGAGUCACAUGUUAGCGGGGCAAGUCCCCUACAAUACUGCAGAGGAGGCUCGUCCAGUGUAUUGGUGACGAGACCGAGACCAUCGGUUUCCUUGAUGUAUUAUAUACACAUGAACACUUAAGAAGGAAAAACGGAAACAGUGACAAAUUAUGCAUCA